UAUUCAAUACACAUUUUGUAUGAAAUGAAAUGAAAUGAGAUGAUGGAUAGUGCACAAGAAGAACUAGAGAGAAGAAGCAAGUUUUUGAGCAGCUUAAUACAGAAAAAGAAAGCAGCUGAUCAAGAACAAAAACAAGUUGAUAAUAAUAAGGAUGACAAUAAUAUUAUUAGGGUGAGAGCUUCGGAUAUGGCGAUCGGUAUGCAAAACAAUGCAUUCAAGUGUUCAACCGAGUAUCUUCAUUCGAUUCCUCCUGGAAAUGGAAAUGGAAAUGUGAAGAAGAUCGAUAGCAAACGCCUUGCGCUUGCCCUCAAGAAGAAAUUCGAUUGUUUGUAUGGACCGGCUUGGCAUUGCAUCGUUGGGACGAGCUUUGGAUCGUAUGUCACACAUUCUUCGGGAUGUUUUUUGUAUUUUUCGAUCGACAAAGUCCAUGUUCUUCUCUUUAAGACCACGGUUGACCCCAUAAACAUCCAACAUUAACCAUAUCUCCGUGAACCUAAGUUGUAGGAAAACACUCUAGUUCGACAUUAGCAAGUUUUUGCGACGCUGAUUGUAUGAUACGUUGUAGUUUCUCAUGUUCUUGGCUCUUGUAGUAUAGCUUGUAACGAGUGUUAACUGUGUAAUUCUACACGUUCUAAUCGUUUAAAGGUUUUGUCA